AUGCAUUUGUUCGACCUGCUAAUCGAGCUUCUAGCAUUCAUCGUCUCCUUUCUCGAGCAUGAAUAUGAUCUGAAUGCCUUCUCCCAGGCAAACAAACGCCUGUAUCAGCUGUUCAAUCGCGCUGUUUAUACCCUUAGUGCCAAUGACAAAUUCUCAUCGAACCCUGCGCUAGAAUGGGCAGCAGAUCACGGUAACGAAGCCACUUCGCGGAGGGCACUUGAAGCAGGCAGCUCACCAUAUCCCAAGUAUAAUGAGGGUGGUUACAGUCCAAUGGCACUGGCUGCGAUGGAUGGUAAUGAAGAUCUCGUGCGCCUGUUCCUUGAGAAAGUGGAUCCCAACGAUGAAUCCUACUGGGAACGGACGAAGGAACCUGUUUCUCUGGCAGCAGAAAAAGGAUACAAAUCGAUUGUUCGGAUUCUGUUGGACCUGGAGCUGCCGUCUACAAAUACAACCCUAACUCAGAAACUACCAAUACACCGCUGGAAAUAG